CAAACUGAAUUUGCUUUGCUUUGAUAGAAUCCCUCACAAGUCAAUCGAUAGCUCGACCAACAUUAUCUUCUUUUUUUUUGCCUUUGUUGUUGUUGAACAGUUUGGGCAGCUUACACCACAACAACACGUGCCGAUAGGUUAGAAUUUUUGAAAAAUGGGUAAAAUGGGGAAAAAGCGUAAGGUAAAUGACGAUGAAUAUGAUGCAAAUCCACCAGCAAAGCAAAAUAUCGCCCCUCACCUUAAAAAGCAAGAAAAGCGAUUAAUUGUCAUUCUAGAGGGAGCCCAACUAGAAAGUGUCAAGAUUGGUAGUUCCUUUGAAUUGCUUAACUCCGAUGAUCAUCUCAACAUGCUACGUAAAAAUAAUCGUGAUCCAGUUCGUCCAGAUAUAGCUCAUCAGUGUUUACUGAUGCUACUUGACAGUCCUCUGAACCGAGCGGGCCUCCUUCAGGUUUAUAUUCACACAGAAAAAAAAGUACUCAUUGAAGUCAAUCCUCAAACCAGAAUUCCCCGGACUUUCAAAAGAUUUGCAAGCUUGAUGGUCCAGCUACUCCACAAGUUUAGUGUCCGGGCAACAGAUUCAUCUAUAAAGCUAUUAAAAGUUAUCAAAAAUCCCAUAACUGAUCAUUUACCUGUUGGAUGUCGAAAGCUGGCAUUUUCCUUUAGUGCUCCUAAAGUUACCAACCCAAGAGAGUUGGUCCCCUCAGAAGACCCCAUUGCAAUUGUUGUUGGUGCAAUGGCUCAUGGAAAGGUUGCAGCUGACUAUGCCGAGGAAUGGAUAUCAAUAAGUGGUUAUCCACUAUCUGGGGCUUUGGCUUGUGCUAAGCUGUGUUCAGGUUUUGAGGAAGUGUGGGGUGUAGCAUAAAAUUUGAUUUAUUAUAUUAAUAGUUUAUAAGAAUAAAGUCCGGAUCAAUUUUUUAUUCAA